AUGAGGAUCGUUUUGGCGCUAGUGUUUGUCCUAGUUGCAUUGGCUACGGUCGAAGCAAAGUGCAACAAGUGUAAUCGCAACGAAUGCGAAUGUCAAUUGAAAAUUGUCCGUGGUCCACAACCCCAACCGUUCCCGUUUUAUAAGAAGAAAAAAUGCAAUGUCACUAAGCCACUUGAGUUUAAACCGAAGCCGGAUGUUUGUUCGUGUGAGCAGGAAUAUCGCAUUCGACCAUUAGCUCCGGAUCAUGUUGAGCCUAAGUUUGCAAAGUCCAGAUCAUGUGAAUGCGGCUUUGAACAACAUCCAGACCAACCGAAACGUAAAUAUCCUGCCGAUUUAAUAAGUUAUCAGCUGGCGCAGGAGUACGCAAAAAUGAACAAUGUUCCUGAAGCCGGUUUGUAUAUGCAUCAUCAGCCUGCGAAGCCUGCACCCGUACCCAAGCACGAAGGUAUCCCGGAGGAACGGAUGUACAAAGCCAACAUGCAUGUGCUGGAACUCAAGCCACACAAGCGUAAGCGUUUUAACUGUCGCAUUUGUUCGUCGGAAGAAGAAGAGGGAGCACCGUGUAAUCCGAAGCAUCAGAACUAUUUCGACAUCUGUUAUGGCAAGGUUGAAAAUAAGGAACCAAAGUUCAACGUAGUAAAGCAGGAUGCACCGGUGUGCGAUCGUUGUCAGGAUCGAUCCAGCACUGAAGAAGAUGAAAGCACGGAAGAGGAUUUUUCUCCUGAACAGCCAACGAAGCACUGCUCGAAGUGUUCGAAACAGAAGAAGACAUGUGACUGCCCCUCGCAUAUGGAAAGCUACGAGCCCGAGAGCGAGGAAUAUGAUUGUCCAUUUGCGAAAAAGUAUUUCCGCAAAACUCGCUCAUCCGAUGAUCCAGAGCCUGCGCUUGUGGUAUAG